AAACGCUGUGAUUCCCAUUACCAUAAUCGACAUGGCAUCGUCAUUCGCAAACUGUUCCUACGCGCCCGAAGCGAACGUUGGUGUUGAUGGAACGACGGGCUUUAAUUACUCCUCGGACGAUCGUGACAAGAGGACGACACGCACGGGAAGUUUGACGAACCACUCGUUGCUGAAUCUGCUCGAGCAGAAGCACAAACUGCUCGAGGCCAUCAACUUGGCCCCGGCGCCGAAGGUCACGGUCGGUCGCCGCCACUCGUCUGACUCUUUUCCGAUGAUAGAGAACGAAAGCUUUCAGAUUCCACAGCGUCAGAUCAAGAAACCACCCGGGCUGCAGCUGAUUCCACCGCCCGUGCCCAAGCGGACCUUCCAGGGUAAGUUCACCCAUCGGCAGUCAGAGUCGUUUGAUGCGCCGCAGAGUCGUGCUUCGAACGUGAAUCUAGACGGAUACGGCCAGCCUAAGGGAUACGGCAGCCAGUACCGGCCCGAUCGCAUCUGCCAGUCGGCUUUCGAUGAGCAAACGUUUGGGUUCUUUGCGCCGAGCAAAACCAAGAACAUUGGAUCCUGUCACAGUAGCGUCAGUACGACCAGCUUCGAUGAUCUCGGCGAUACGGACGAUUUUGUGAUAUUUAACAAGAAGAUGUCCUCGAUCGAAUCGAACCGAUCUUCGAGCGAUUCAAACAAAUCACAAACGACGAUCGACACUGGUUACGUGUCGGCGAACGAAAACGAUCGGUCCAUCUUUACGACCGCAAGCUCUACCAAGGGAACGUUUCGCAGUAGAUUCUCCUCCGAGGACACCCAAUCGUCUCUGGACAGUUUCCUAUCGUCCGAGCUGCAUCGAACAGACACUAUCGAUUCGUUACAGAUGAACGACUCGCCGUUCAGUCUCAAGAAGAACAUCUUCAACUUUGAUCCCAAAAGUGGCCAAAUGCGUCACUCAACCUCGAUUUCGCCCAACUCCACCGACGACAAGAUGGAUAACUGCUCGCCGCGUAGCGUCGAAAGCAAAAGUGCCCGCCGACUGCCGAUGGUCCCAACUCGCAAGCAGAACAAUAUGCCACCCAAAAUCCCCCCACCAACCCGUAUUACACCGCCUGCACUACCCUCCCGUUCACAGCAGGCAUUCGAGUCACGCAAAAUGCAAAAACUCCACCAUCAUCAGCAACAACAGCAACAAUUAAACAACGCUCAAUUAACACACAAAGCCAGCAUGGACAACAUCCAGGAGCUGUACAGCCGACCAACGGGAUUCCGGCGCAACAUGCAGAAACCACCACCCCUCAACCAGGUGCACCACUCGAAAGUGAACCAACGACAAGACUCCAACAUAUCAAGCGAUGGCUUCUCCAUUGCUUCCAGCCCAGGCUACAACAACAAGAACAUGGAGGCACCCCUGCUCCAGCACACCUCCAAGAUGAACCGAUCAACCAUGCGAGGCCACGCGCUACAACCGAAACAGUUACCCUCACCCCAACAGCAACAAUCCCCCCAGCAACAACUUCAACAAUCCCCCGUCAACCCGCAAGACUCGAAGCAGUCCUCCACGGACAGCCUGAACCCGGCCGCGGUCACCACCGUUCGGUCGAUCCCACCGCGGGUCAGCAUGCGACAAGAUUCCAGCAUCUCCAGCGACAGCUUCAGCCAAACGUCCAGCCCUAGCUACAACACCAAGAUCAUGGAGGCUCCCCUACUGUCGCAUGCGGCCAAAAUGCACAAGGUGGCCAAGCCACCGGCGGUCGCGGCAGCGGCAGCCCGAAAUCUGGACGAAAUUUCCAAGGAUGUCAAGGACGGUGGAGAGUCCGCUGCGAAUGGAUCGGCCGUGAUCAUCAAGAGCGCCUCGACGCCCGCCAGCCUACAGACGAUCGUGCGGUUAUCCAACGGAUCGAACGUGUCGCUGCAGGGAAAGAAACUGCAGAUCCUCAAGUCUCGCAAGAGCUCCGAGACGAGCCAGGCCAACAGCCGGAUGAAGUUUCGCGUGUGCCAGAUCGUGAUCAACGCGAUCCUGCUGAUCGCGCUGGCCGUUGGCCUGGCGUCCUAUCUGAGCCAGAACCCGCCAAUUACGUACGUCAACCAGACGAACAUCGUCCGCACGAUCCAUCACCGGCCGCCACCGAUCGAUUCCACGGCCAUCUCACCGUUCAAGGUCGAUCGCAACCCGGCGCCCGGCGUCUGCCUCCCGGUGAUUGUCAAGUUCUGCCAGCAGCACAAGGUCCCCUACAACUAUACGGUGUUCCCGAACUACAUCGGCCACUUUGGCCAGCCGGAAGCCCAAAUGAGCGAUGAUUUCCAGGAAAUUGAUCAGUUCGAGGCGCUGGUCGACGUCCAAUGUUACGAGCUUGUCCCACUGUUCUUAUGUUCUCUGUUUGUGCCUAAAUGCGGUGCCACCGGAACGACGGUGCCACCGUGCAAGAGUCUCUGUACUGAAACCAUGCGCCGGUGUAGCUUCUUCUUUGACGUGUUCGGGUUGGAACUGCCGGAAUACCUGCGGUGUAACAUAUUCAGCGAUGCGGUGUCGGUCGAGCAGGGCGAGUGCGUUGGGAUGGCCGAGUACAAGGAGUCCAUGCUGCGUUCGCGACGACCCGUCAAGUGUUCUGGCUUUUUGUGCGACAAGCGGCGCUGCAUACCGAACGACUGGCGCUGCGAUGGCCACGUGGACUGCCAGGACCAGACGGACGAGUCGCAUUGUGAUUUUUGUGGCGCGAGCGAGAUCCACUGUGGCAGCGGCAAGUGCAUGAGCCAGAAGCACAUGUGCAACGGAGUGCAGGAUUGUCCGUUCGGGCAGGACGAACGGAAUUGCAUUCGAUUAAGUGAACGCAACGGUGACCUUGGUCGUGGUACGUUGGAGGUGUACAAGGCUGACCUGAAGCAGUGGACUCCGGCUUGCGUGAAAAACUGGGAUCCCGCAACUUCGCCGACGAUGAUCUGCUCGAUGCUUGGGUACAGCUCGGUCAACUCUAGCCGCACCACGAUGAGGGGAUCCAACAGAACAUUGGUCAGCACCAAAGAUGCUUCUUUGAUGUGGCGAAUGUUCCAGAAGAAGCAUACCAAUAUGCUGAAGGAGUUUAACAGCUGCGAUGUCAACACGCGGUACCCGGUAGCAGAGCUGACCUGUUCAAAUUAUGAAUGUGGAAAGGUGCCAAACAAAAAGUAUCACAAGCCUCAAACUCGAAUCGUGGGCGGUUCCCCGUCCAAACCCGGAGACUGGCCCUUUGUUGCGGCCAUUCUGGGCGGACCGGAGGAAAUCUUCUACUGUGCAGGCGUCCUUAUUGCCGACCAGUGGGUCCUGACGGCAUCGCACUGCAUUGGAAACCACACGAUGCGGAACGUCAACGACUGGACGAUCCAGCUGGGCAUCACCAGGCGCCACUCGCACACCUACUACGGCCAGCGAGUAAAGGUCAAGACAGUGAUACCGCACCCGUUGUACAACCUGUACAUCCCACAUGACAACGAUAUCGCGCUGUUCCAGCUCGCCACCCGGGUAGCCUUCCACGAGCAUCUGCUGCCGGUUUGUCUUCCGCCCCCGCACAUCCGCGAACUGGUGCCCGGAACCAACUGUACCGUGGUGGGCUGGGGCAAGCGCGAGGAUAGCUCUCUACCGGAAGGCGUCUCGUACGAGCCCGCGCUAAACGAAGUCAACGUUCCGAUACUGAACCGUGACCUGUGCAACGAAUGGCUGGAAACGCUGAACGUGACCGAGGGCAUGAUCUGCGCCGGCUACCAGGAGGGUGGCCGCGACGCCUGUCAGGGUGAUUCCGGUGGUCCGCUGCUGUGUCCAUAUCCGAACGAAAAGGACCGCUGGUUCGUCGGAGGUAUCGUUUCGUGGGGUGUCCGCUGUGCCAACCCCAAACUACCCGGAGUGUACGCCAACGUGCCCAAGUUCAUACCCUGGAUCCUGGCCCAGAUUAAUAACCACUCUACGCUGCAGACGACCACUAUCGGCUGAAAGUUACCGGCCGGCAGAAGGCGUCAGUUUAGGCCGCGAGUUGACAUCGACCAGACUGAGUCCGACGAUGGUCCGACGAGCUCAUCAACGAACGCGUGGCGUGGAGCAACGGGAGACGACGGGUUUUUACGGUAAUCAUCAGCUUGAAUGUGCGAGCGUUUAUAACGGGUUGUGGAAAUCGAUUGCGCCGGAAUGUGAGGUUAGGUGAUCGACAAUAAUGGUCAACGAAAGAAUUUGUGUAGUCUAUACGAUAGUAACGGACAAUAAUAAGUAGUAACAAUCAUGGUACACGUGUCAAAGCAGCAGCAAACGGUCCCAUUUCCUUGUGGACAUCUUUUGAACAAGGCAAUUCGUAGGAACUCAUCAUCACAAAAAAAAACUUAACACAGUAGAAUUUCCUCCCUCCCCCAACUAUUCCAAUGACGGUGACGACAACGGCUAGAAGGAUGGCAUUAAAUACAUGAAUGUUUUCAAUGGUUUCCAUCCAUCUGUUUACAACAACGAUUUCAAGAAAUUACGUAUCUUUAAUUGGUUUCAAAAUAAAACCGUAGUUUGAACAUGGUUCAAAAAAUUAUAAAUCUUUGUUUUGCCAAACACUGUUCCUACUGGGAAAAGUGUGAAUCAAAAGGAAGUGGUUUAUUCAAACAUGAACACACUUGUAAGAGAUUAUCGCAUUUGAAUGAUCCGUGCAUGGGGUACGGGAAGGGAAGAGCACUUAAAAGAUAAAAGGAAGUCUUGUUACACCAAGGACGGUUGGUGGAUGGGUGACAGAGAUGAGUUCGAGUGAAUGUGGUGAAGGAUUCUGGGGAAGAGAGAGAGAAAGCAGUUUGAUGAUGGAAAUGCUUGGGAAACCCUAUGCGGAUCAUAUAAUUUUCCAAGUAUGAUGCUCAAUUACUGUUAUUUUGGGAGAUAUUAUCACUGAAUCUAUAUUUAGUGUAGACGUUGAACUGUCUAAAAUUAAUCGCAGUAAAUAACAGUUAAUACUUUUCUAUCACGGUUUUUUUGUGAUCAAUGUGGUAGAUAAAUAGAUAGAUUGUUGAUAGUUCCGAACCAUAAAAAAAUAUAGCGAAAUCUGAUUAACAGUAUGGCUCUGAUUACCCAAUCCAAAUUUAUGGACAUUUAAGUGUUAAGAGCGAGUUUUUCACCAAUGUGAAACAGGUCGUGUUAAGGUGCUCCGAUUUGAAUGAAAAUUUCAGCGUUUGUUUGUCUUACAUGAGAUGAACUCAUGCCAAAUAUGAGCCUCUACGACA